AUGAGCGCUCAGGAAGAUGAGCUUGUCAGCGAUGAUGAACAGGAGGGACCCGUCGCUGGUAGUUCAUCUCCAUCAAAGUUGGCAAAAAUUCAGCAAACCGUGGAGAGGCAGCAAAAGAAGCGAAAGCGCAAGGCUGAAGAGAGUCAACUCCAUGUCAAACGACAGGAAAUGGACAAAGCGAAGAUUACCGAUGCUGUCAAACGAUACUCGUACCUUCUCGGUCAGACGGAUCUUUUCAAGCACUUUGUCGAUAUUAAGAAAACCCGUGAUCCGCAAUAUGCUGCUUUAUUGGACUCGCAGCCGAAGCCGAAGGGUAGGGGUAGAAAGAAGGGAGUCGACGAGAAUGCACGCCAUCGCAAGUCUGAGAAGGAAGAAGAUGAAGAGUUGUUGAAAGAUGGGGGAUUCGCUGCAGAUGGAGACGACCAACCCUAUGUCUUUGAAGAAUCACCGAGCUACAUCAACGGUCAGAUGAGGACAUAUCAACUUCAAGGACUGAAUUGGAUGGUCUCAUUGCACCACAAUGGGUUGAACGGCAUCCUCGCCGACGAGAUGGGUCUCGGUAAAACAUUGCAGACCAUCUCUUUCCUUUCCUACUUGAAACAUUAUCGCGAUACUCUUGGUCCCCAUCUGAUUGUUGUCCCCAAAUCCACCCUUCAAAACUGGGCUCGCGAAUUCGCACAAUGGACACCAGAUGUGAAUGUCGUCGUUCUGACCGGCUCAAAGGAAGAACGCGCAGAAAUUAUCGCCAAUCGGCUCAUCCCUCAGGAUUUCGAUGUCUGCAUUACCUCAUAUGAAAUAUGUCUCAUCGAAAAGUCGGCACUCAAGAAAUUCUCUUUCGAAUACAUCGUGAUUGACGAAGCGCACCGUAUCAAAAACGUUGAUUCCAUCCUCGCUCAAAUCGUCCGCUCUUUUAUGUCACGUGGACGUCUGCUUAUCACGGGAACGCCGCUGCAGAACAACCUCAAGGAGCUGUUUGCGCUUCUGAACUUCAUCUGCCCUGAGAUAUUCUCAGAUUAUGCAGAUUUGGAUUCUUUCCUACACAAGGAUGACGAUGAUGCGGAGGGGGAGGAGGAUAAGAGUAAGAAAGUCGUGGAAGCUCUUCACAAAAUUCUUCGUCCAUUCCUCUUGCGGCGUGUCAAAUCCGAUGUUGAGAAGAAUCUUCUGCCUAAGAAGGAAAUCAACAUUUACGUUGGCCUGACGGAGAUGCAGCGGAAGUGGUACCGGUCAGUGCUUGAGAAGGACAUAGAUGCUGUCAAUGGCUUGACUGGAAAGAAAGAGGGCAAGACCCGCCUCAUGAACAUGGUCAUGCAGUUGCGUAAGGUGACAUGUCACCCUUACUUGUUCGACGGCGCAGAACCUGGUCCUCCGUAUACAACCGAUGAGCACCUCAUCCAAAACUCGGGAAAGAUGAUUAUCCUUGACAAACUUCUGCAGUCGAUGAAUGAGAAGGGCUCUCGUGUACUGAUUUUCAGUCAGAUGAGCAGAGUGCUGGAUAUCCUUGAAGACUAUUGCCUGUUCAGGGGUUUUAAAUACUGUCGCAUCGAUGGUAGCACAGCGCACGACGAUCGAAUCGUAGCUAUUGACGAAUACAACAAGCCCGGCAGUGACAGGUUCAUAUUCCUUUUGACCACGCGCGCCGGCGGUUUGGGAAUCAACCUCACCACCGCUGACAUUGUCAUUUUAUAUGAUAGCGAUUGGAAUCCCCAGGCUGAUUUGCAAGCUAUGGAUCGAGCGCAUCGCAUUGGGCAAACUAAACAAGUCUACGUAUUCCGCUUUAUCACUGAGGAUAGUGUCGAGGAGCGCAUGCUUGAACGUGCUGCGCAGAAACUUCGGCUCGACCAGCUAGUUAUUCAACAAGGUCGCCAACAACAAGCAAAAGCUGCCAGCAAGGACGAGCUGCUUGAAAUGAUUACACAAGGCGCUGAGAAGCUCAUUAACUCGACUGAUGCAUUCCUCAUCAACGACGACAUUGAAGCUAUUGUUCAACGCGGUGAGGAACGUACGGCAGAGCUUAACAGCAAGUAUGAGGGCCUCAAUCUUGAGGACCUAAAUAAUUUCAAGUCCGAUGCCACUGUGCAACAGUGGGAAGGCGAAGAUUUCCGGCCAGGUCGGAAAGGCCUCAACUUCAAUAUGCUAUCCCUCUCGAAGCGUGAACGGAAAGCUAAUUACUCCGUCGAUAACUAUUACAAGGAGACGCUUCGGGUUGGUCCGUCGAAGACCGAGAAGGCUCCAAAACUCCCUCGUGCCCCCAAACAGAUCCCAAUACAAGAUUUCCAGUUUUUCGACCCCGCUCUGGCUCAGCUCCAGGAACGAGAACUCGCCGUGCACAAGAGGCAAAAUGGGAUCACAGCUACUCUUCGUGAACCAGGACCUGACGACACACCCGAAAAACUCGAAGCCGAGCGCGCAGCUGCACAAGAAUUCAUAGAUACUGCCGAGCCUCUGACGGAAGAGGAGCAGGCACUGAAAGAGAAAUACACCGAGGCUGGCUUCCAUGAUUGGAGCAGACGAGACUUCCAGCAGUUUGUCCGCGCGCUUGAGAAUUUUGGAUGGACAGAUGACUACGAUUUGUUAGCUUCGGAGAUACAGGAUAAGGACUGGAGACAGGUCAAGAAGUACUACCUGUACUUCAAGAAGCACUGGAAGGAACUAUCUGAACAUCCAAGAAUUGCUGCACGUAUUGCUGAAGGUGAAGCCAAGCGUAACAAGCGGUCAAAUCUCGAAUUUCUACUUGCGAAGAAGAUUGCCUCGGUGCGCUAUCCCAUGCAAGAGCUUGAGCUCAACUAUCCGACUACGAAAGGCAAGGUCUACAGCGAAGAAGCGGAUAGGUACCUCUUGUGCCGGCUGAACCACUACGGGAUGGGCGCAGAUGACAUCUACGAACGUAUCAAGAAGGAUAUCAUGGAGUUUCCUGUAUUCCGCUUUGACUGGUUUUUCAAGAGCCGGACCCCACAGGAAUUGCAGCGCAGGUGUAAUACAUUGUUAGGCAUGAUCGAGAAGGAGGCGGAAGCGAGGCAGGCGGAGGAGGUGAAGCCGAAGGGCGGAUCGCGGGGCAAGAAGCGUGGAAUAGAUGAUGUGCAAAAGGAUGAAACGCCACAGGAGUCGGGGUCACCUUCUCCUGUUCCGGCGCCGGCACCCAAGAAGUCACACAAGAAGAAAAGGACGUAG